GGGAGCUGGAGGAUAAAGUUGGACUGGACUGAGGAAGAGGAAGAGGAAGACUACUCUCCCACAGAGUCAUGUUGCUGUGGUCAUUAUGGAGCGCAAUACUGCUACUGCGCCCCCUGGAGGCCGCAGAGGAGGACGACCACCGAGCAGGCUGUAGCACAGCUGUUAAUGACCUGGUCUUUAUUGUCGACGGCUCGUGGAGCGUCGGCUUCUCCGACUUCGACACGGCGAAGCAGUGGCUCGUCAACAUCACCGGCCAGUUUGACAUCAGCUCCCACUACACACAGGUGGCUGUGAUCCAGUACAGUGACACUCCUCGACUGGAGAUCCCUCUGGGGAAGCACCAGAGUGGAGUGAAGCUCAUCCCGGCCAUACAGAGCAUCAGCUACCUGGGAGGAAACACACAGACCGGCAGGGCCAUCAAGUUUGCCGUGGACCACGUCUUCGCCUCCUCCCACCGAGCCAGCCAGGUCAAGAACCGCAUCGCCGUCGUGGUUACCGACGGAAAAUCUCAGGAUGACGUGGUGGAUGCCAGUAUGGAGGCACGAGCUCAGGGCAUUACCGUGUUUGCCGUUGGAGUCGGCAGUGAGAUCACCACCUCGGAGCUGGUUUCCAUCGCCAAUAGACCAUCAUCAGCAUAUGUUCUAUACGCCGAAAACUACACGACCAUCGAACGUAUUCAAGGGUCCAUGGAGCAAAAGCUGUGUGAAGAGUCCGUGUGUCCUACACGAAUCCCGGUGGCGUCUCGUGAUGAGAGAGGCUUCGAGCUGAUGCUGGGCAUGAACAUCCACAAGAAGGCCAAGAAGAUCCUUGGCUCUCUGGUUUCUAUGGCCGCUUACACUCUCACGGCCUCUACAGACAUUACUGAGAAUACCAGGGACAUCUUCCCAGAGGGCCUCCCUCCGUCCUAUGUGUUCGUAGCCACGCUGCGUCUGAAGGGGUCUUCGAGCAAGCUGACCUUUGACCUUUGGAGGGUACUGUCGAAGGAUAAGGAGAUCCAGGCUGCAGUGACGCUGAGUGGGAAAGACAAAACAAUCAUCUUCACCACCACCAGCAUGACGGAGCAGGAGCAGAGAGUCACCUUCAAAGCCGGCUUUCAGACGCUGUAUGAUGGAAAGUGGCAUCAGUUCAAAGUCCUGGUGAGACCACGUCACGUGACCGGUUUCCUUGACGAUGAACUGAUCCAGGAAAUAAGGCUGAAACCCGUUGAGCCCAUCUACAUCAAUGGGGAGACACAGGUUGCUAAGAGACGGGGAACAGACGUCACUGUGCCCGUGGAGAUUCAGAAGCUGCGUCUUUACUGCGAUCCUCAUCAGAGUGAAAGAGAAACCGCAUGUGAGAUCUACUCUGUGGAUGAUGAAAGGUGUCCUCUGAAUCGAACAGCCACCAUGGAGGAAGAAGCCUGCAACUGUGUAGUUGGACCACCAUGGCAGCGUGGCCUUCAAGGACCCACGGGUUUCAGAGGGCAGAAAGGGAGGGAUGGACUAACGGGACCUGACGGUAAGCCUGGUAUUGAUGGGAAGCCUGGGGGAUCCGGCCCUCCUGGAAUACCAGGGAUGAAGGGUGAAGAUGGUUUAGCAGGACUAAGAGGGGAGCCUGGUCUGCAGGGCAUCGAGGGAGGCCAUGGGGAACCAGGCUUAUCAGGACAACCAGGAACCGCGGGUCUACCUGGCGAGAGAAGUGAGCAAGGGUCUCCAGGAGAAGCCGGACCAAUGGGGGAGCCAGGACUACCAGGCACUGCUGGACCGGUUGGGCCACCAGGACCAAAGGGUGCUGAAGGAGCUCCAGGUGAAUUCGGCCCCGAGGGACCUCAGGGAGAGGGAGGCUUACCUGGGCUACGAGGACUACCUGGAAUCAACGGGACUCUGGCGGUCCAGGGGCCCCGGGGUCCGCCCGGAGAGCCCGGUCCAGACGGUCCCGAGGGUCGCCAUGGAGACCCGGGGCUCUCAGGUCCGGCCGGUCCACCGGGUCAGAAGGGCUCACCGGGGGAGUCAGGUGGUCCCGGGCUACCGGGGGCCGCGGGGCUGCUGGGGUUCAAAGGUCACACGGGCGAGAGAGGGGAGGCGGGCUCUAAAGGAAGCCAGGGGGAGCGAGGCAGCGACGGAGACCCGGGGAUCCCGGGGGCGGCAGGCGAAGCGGGAGUCUCAGGAAGGAAAGGAGAGGUUUGCGGGGCGUCGGGCGACUCGGGCCACAGGGGCCCUGAAGGAAAGAAAGGGGACCCGGGCCACACGGGUGCUGCUGGUCCCAGGGGUCCUGGUCUGGACGGGUCGUCGGGCCAACCGGGUCAACCGGGAUAUCCUGGGAAACCUGGCAAGCCUCCCUCAGAGCAACACCUCCUGAAGCUCCUCGCUGAUCUCCUCCGCAACCAGCUCCCGGCCCUGCUCCAGAGCCUGGCCCCUGCAGCUGUGUGUGAGCCCUGCCAAGGUGCAAAGGGACCACCAGGAGAGCCAGGAGCACCAGGGACCAAAGGCUCCAUGGGGACCCCAGGGUACCCUGGCAGGAGGGGCACCCCCGGGUACCACGGACCUUCUGGACUACAGGGUCCUGCUGGCCUCAAAGGUGACGUGGGAGUAAGAGGGCUCAAAGGCAGCAAAGGAGAAGGUUACCGUGGACCUCCAGGACCACCGGGACAUCCAGGGAUUCAGGGACCUCGUGGCUUCGAUGGAAUCGGCCAUGCAGGAAACCAGGGUAUUCCUGGAGAACCUGGACCAUCAGGAGAACCCGGUAAAAGGGGCCACCCGGGGCUUCCGGGGGUCUGUGACGUGUCCAUGUGUUAUCAGAACUACAACCUCAGAGAACAGUACAGCAAAGGACCCAACAUCUGAGAGCAGAGCAGCGCGGGAACGGCUGCUCCGAGACUAUGAACCAGUUACUGUAUCACUGAUUUGCGGAGUGUGUGUGACUGUUGAUUUCUUCAUGGCGAAGUGUGUGUGGAGAACAGCUACACUGGAGGCAGAAAUAACCUGAGCGGGCUAGCCACCUAGCUUACUGAGGUACCAGGAUAACAGCAAAAAAAACAGAUAUGCACCAAAAUAGUGCAAACUGACAUUAAAAUGAGCUACCUCCUCUUAUUCCCGAGUUGCUCUCAGGGUUCGUACGGUCAUGGAAAACCUGGAAAAGUCAUGGAAUUUUAAAGAUGGUUAUUUCCAGGCCUAGAAAAGUCCUUAAAAAAUAAAAGAAAUCCCAAAAGUUUUGGAAAAGUCAUGAACAUUUGUUAUAUUCAUAUGCUAAUUCACACAGUUUGAUUAAAUAUAAUGUUUAUUCUUUUAAUCAAA